GUAUCAAAUUUUUAUUUUUUAGAUUUAAUUUAUUCAAAUUGUAUGAAAUAUACAAGUUCUUCAUUCCACUUAAAUUGAUAUGCUACGGUGCCUUAAAUGUAAUUUAAGAACAGGUCUACCUUGGAUAUCAAUAUAUUAUUCUCUGGAGACAAUCAUUAAAAGGAUUCACUUGCCGAAAAAGUAGUUUUUCAUUCACCAUUUACUACAAAAUACAAGAUUAAAAAAGUGUUCAGUCUGAAAAAUGGGGAAAGGGAAGAAAGGCAAAAAACAAGAUGAUGAUUGGGAAAAUGAUCUAGAUGAAAUUGCCAAGGAGGCAGGUAUUGACCUAGACAAAGACAGAGAUGAAGUAGAAAUUGUGCAUGUUUCAAAAGAAAAGAAGAAAAAGAAGAAAGGAAAGGAGUUAAGUGUAGAAGAUUCAGAAGAUUUGGAGACACCAGUGCAGAACUCGAAAAAACCAUCAUUCAGUGCGUUGAUGAUGGAUGACGAUGAGGAUGACAACGAUAGUGAUAAUUCACCAGAUGAACUGGAAGAAACAGUUCAAGUUAAAAAUCAGAAUAAAAAAAAAGGUAAAAAGAAAAAAAAGAAUGCUGAUGAUGAUGACCUAGCUGAUAUACUUGCAGACAUCGAAUUAACUGACAAAAAAGAGCCUGUCAUAAGUAAAAAGAGUAAAAAGAAAAAGAAAAAAGAUGUUGAAGAUGAAAUUGAUGAAAAUAAGGAAAAUGAUGUGGAAGACCAUAAACAAGAAACUGUUGUAAAAGCUAAUGACAGCAGUUUAAAUGAGAAGGUCGAAAAUGAUAAGGACGGUGACGAUGACAUAGCUGUUGUUAAAACUGCAGCGCAAAAGCGUGCAGAAAAAAAAGAAAGAGAUAAAAAGAAAAAAGAAGCAGAAAAAAAGAAAACGGCAAAGAAAAAGAAAAAAGAAUCGGAACAAGGUGAUGAAGAAAAGAAAACAGAAACAGGUGACAGUAAAACUGAAAACCCUAUUGAAGACACAAGUGAGCAAAAACAGUCGGUGGAACCUUCUACAGAAGCAGAAAAAGAAGGUGAAGGUGUUGAGUCAGUUAAAAGGACUGAAGCUGCUGGUGGUAGCAGUGAUGAGGAUGGUGAUGACAAAGCAGAGGGUAAAGAAAAAAAGAAGAAGAAAAAAAAGAAAAAGAAAGAUGAUGAAGAUAAAGGUAAAAAGACUAAAAAGCCUGGUAAAUCUGCAAUAUUGAAAAUGCAAGAGGCAUUAGAAGAAGUUAAACGUGAAGAAGAACGUUUACGUGCUGAAGCAGAAGCAAAAGAGAAAGCACUAGAGGAAGCAGAAAAUCAACGACUCGAGAAGCUUCGUCUUGAACAAGAAAGAAAAGACAAGAAAAAGCAAAAAGAAAAGGAACGUAAAGAUCGUCUUAAGAAAGAAGGGAAGUUACUAACGCCAGCUCAAAAGGAACAAAAAAGAAAAGCAGAAGCCAUGUUGGAAGCAAUGAAACAACAAGGUAUCAUUGUACCCACACGUGAGGCUGGUGAGAAGCCUAAAAAAGUUCAGUAUGGAAAAAAGAAGAAACAACCUGCAAAGCAAGUUUCUGAAACACCAUCUGUUGAAGAACCAAAAGAAGAAGAGUCUAAAAUUGACGAAGUUAAGGAGGAAGUUAAAGAUGAAUCUGCUGCAUGGGAUAAUGAUGAUGAAGAUACUGCUUCUGCAUGGGAUGAAGAUGAGGCAGACAGCUGGGAUGCUGAGAAAGAUGUGCCUAAAAGGAAAGAGAAAGAAAAAGUUCAAGUAUGUGAGCCUGAGAAAAAAGCUGAGCCAGAAAAAUUAAAAAAGCAGUUAUCUACUAAAAGUCAGUCUGAGGCAGAUGAAGAUGAUGAGGAAGAGGAAGAAGAAUCAAGUGAGGAGGAGGGUGAAAGCAACGAUGAAGAGAGCUCAAGUGAAGAAGAAACCUCGAGUGAUGAAGAGGACAAGAAAAUGACUCCUGAAAAAAUUAAAGAGAGAGUCCGUGAACGAAUACAGAAAAGAAAACAAGAAAACGAAGCUAAGCGAAGUGUUGAUGAACUUCGCGCUCCUGUUAUCUGUGUAUUGGGUCAUGUUGACACCGGAAAGACUAAAAUAUUAGAUAAGAUUCGAAGAACGAAUGUGCAGGAUGGUGAAGCUGGUGGUAUCACUCAACAGAUAGGUGCGACAAAUAUUCCAGUUGAAAAAAUUAGAGAGCAGACGAAAAUGGUAAAGGAGUUUCAAGAAUUUAAUUUAAAGUUACCUGGAUUAUUAGUCAUCGACACACCCGGUCACGAGUCUUUUAGUAAUCUUCGAUCACGUGGUUCAAAUCUUUGUGACAUGGCAAUCUUAGUGGUUGAUAUCAUGCACGGCUUGGAACCUCAAACAAUUGAAUCUAUAAACUUGCUGAAGAAGAAACAGACUCCUUUCGUUGUGGCGUUAAAUAAGAUUGACAGAAUAUUCGAAUGGAAGAAAACGCCUCAAGUGCAGGUGGAAGAUACAAUUAAAAAGCAGAAGAAACCCACAAAACAAGAUUUUGAUGAAAGAUCAAAUUUAAUUAUUGGACAGUUCGCUGAACAAGGAUUAAAUGCAGCUCUUCACUAUCAAAACCCUGAUGAAAAAUCUUACAUUUCUCUUGUCCCAACUUCGGCUCACAGUGGGGAUGGUAUGGGCGAUUUGAUGGCUAUUAUAUGUAGGUUGACGCAAACAAGGUUAGCGAAGAAGUUGGCAUACUCUGAAGAAUUGGAAAGUACGGUUAUGGAGGUGAAAGCACUUCCAGGCCUAGGUACUACGAUAGAUGUUAUUUUAGUUAAUGGCAAGCUAAAAGAAGGAGAUACAUUGAUAACUGGUGGAUUUGAUGGUGCAAUCGUGACACAAAUUCGUUCUGUUCUAACCCCUCAGCCAAUGAGAGAGCUGAGAGUUAAGGCACAAUACAUUCACCAUCAAGUGUUGAAAGCAGCACAAGGUGCAAAGAUAUGCGGGAAAGACUUAGACAAAGUAUUAGCUGGUUCACCUGUAUAUGUUGCGCAGUAUCCGGAUGAAGUGGAGUAUUUAAAAGAGGAAGUUGAAGAUUUUGUGUCAUCGAGUUUAAAAGCUAUCAAAGUUUCAGAUCGUGGCGUGUACGUGCAAGCAUCAACGCUCGGUUCCUUAGAAGCUUUGUUGGAAUUCUUAAAAACGUCAAAAAUUCCAUAUUGUGGUGUUAACAUUGGACCUGUUCAUAAAAAGGAUGUGAUGAGAUGUUCUGUUAUGUUGGAACACGAACCGAUGUACGCUGUUGUGUUAGCGUUUGAUGUGAAAAUCGAAAGAGAUGCUCAAGAAUACGCAGAUAAAGAAGGCAUAAAAAUCUUCUCCGCAGAGAUUAUUUACCAUUUAUUUGAUCAAUUUACGGCAUACUGUGAGGAGUAUAAAGAGAAGAAAAGGGAACAGUAUAAACACCUAGCUGUAUAUCCAUGCAAACUUCGAAUUCUUCCACAGCAUAUCUUUAAUACACGUGAUCCGAUUGUUGUCGGUGUCAACGUAGAAGCGGGUACUGUGAGGUUGGGCACGCCUAUAGUUGUACCUAGUCAAAAUAGAGUAAUGAUCGGUUUCGUUACUGGACUAGAAGCUAAUCACAAGCAACUCGAAAAAGCAAGCAGUGGCACCGAAGUAUGUGUUAAAAUUGAUUCUGUUCCUGGGGAAGCGCCAAAAUUAUAUGGACGACAUUUUACUCACGAAGACGUGCUUGUUAGCAGAGUUACUCGCGAAUCUAUAGACGUUAUGAAACAAUAUUUUCGAGAAGAUAUGCAACGGUCUGAUUGGCAACUCGUUGUAGAACUAAAGAAACUUCUUGACAUUAUGUAGUACGGAAUAAUUUCGAGUGAGGUGGUUGAUGUUGGAUAACAAAAUUGGUGGUGCUGGUGAUGUGGGCUUUCAUAUUGAUAAAAAGAAGAAGUUAGGACUUUCUAAAACAAUAAAAUUUUCUGAAAUCAACCGUCUCUUUGUUGUUAUCUUGUAGAAUAUAUCUCAAAAUAUUUGGUUAGUAACAAGCAGUGAGAAGGAGAGCAACUAGUUCACUGUAUUCAACUUUCCAUAUAUGUGGUUUUGGUAAUUCGUAUUUGCGGAAAAUAUCUUUCUGUUCGGUUCUUAGAGUUCAACAACAAAGAUUAUUUACGACUUAUCUUGUCUGUAAAAUAAAUGGAUUAACGAAUAUUUAUAUGAAUAUUAGAAAAAAAAUAUAAAUUUUUACGUCGUUAAAAAAUAGAAAUUACAUAACGAACAGAA